AUGUUACUGACAUAUUAUGAUGCUAUAGAACUGAGAGAUGCUGGCGUGCAGCGGCUCAGCUGUCACUUCUCCUGGCCUGAGUUCUGUGAUGAACGCCGGCGCUUCCAUCAGGAGUUUGUGUUCGAUGUCGUGGUGUUCGCCGCCGCCCGCGGCUUCCCCUGGCCCGAUGUGGUCCAGACAGCUGUGAUCGCCAAAACCAUCUUCCCACAGCUGGAUGGUCUGGACGCACCCAAACUUGUGUCCUUGCUGAGAGGUGUGAUGUCAGAAAGUUUACCGAACCUCGGCCCUGUGCACCGACACCAGUUCACCCACUUCCUCACAGACGCCUGCCUCACUCGGCCCAGGCUUUUCCAGGCGGUGGUGAGUGGAGCAGCCGACGUGUCCUUCACUCAGCUUCACCUGGAGGUGCUGCUGCCGCCCACACCUCAACCUCUGGCUCAGGGCACAGAGCUGCAUGAGUGGGAGCGGCAGCGGCAGCAAACCCAGCUCAGCUCCUCCCUGCGACAGAAGGAGGAGCAGCUGAGGAGCCUCCGACUAGGGCCAAGGAUCACUCUGGGGGAUAUUCCUGAGGCCCUGCACCUGGACAAAGAGGGCGUCUCCCGGGUGGUUCGAGCAGCCGUCAGAGCCACUGAGGGUCAGAUGCUGCAGAGUCUGAACCUGGAGGCCUCGCUGCUCAGUGACAUCCUGCAGCUCAGACUGCAGCAGGCAGCCCUGGCCACAAGGGGGCAUCAUAACCCUGCACCCACCAGAGCUGGUCCAGCUGCUGCAGCGAAGGGAAAAAUACAAACAGCAAAAACUGAAGCAGGAGGGAAGUGACGUUUCAGUGACUUGAGGUUUAAUUCUUCUUCGCAUUUCUAAUCUACUAUUGAGUGUGAACAGCAGCUCAUUCUACUCCUGUGCUGUUUAGUGCUGAAAUAGGUUGUUAAACAUUAUUAUUAUGUUCAGAACCUGGUUAAUGGUCACAAGAGGAUUAGUGAGUGAAAAUAAACGAUCCUGAUGAUUUGACAGGAAAUGCUGUGAAGAAAAACACAUCAACAUUAA